UCCUCAAUUCAAGAGCAGCCCCUGCUUUCAUUUGUCUUCCCAUCCUCACCUUGUCCCUCGAGAGUGCCUGCUGGGGUUCUUGGCACCACGUGAAGGCGGGGACAGGGACGCCCUCGACCUGCACGUCUCAUCAAGUCUCCACAUGGGAGGACGGGGGGACUGGGGGUGCCAAGUGCUGGCUUUCCUGGCACGGCUGCAAAGGACUCGGGUGGGCCCCCGCCUUUGCACCUAUGGCCUGCAGCGACGUGUAGACUCCAGGCCACUUGGAGGGACACGCAAAAUGCGUAGGGCUACUCGUCAGACCGCCAUUCACCCAUGUGAGGUCCCAGAGACCUGGGUGACAGCUCAAGGCUGGCUUUGCGUCUCUUUAAUAUUCUGAGCAUUGGGGCUGGCUUGAUUCUCGAGAAUUCAAACUAUCUUUAGAACACCGUGGCAUUGGGCAGGAUUUGGGGCCCGGCCGCACCAUUCCUUCCUUUCUUCUCCCCCUUCCUGUCUGCGCAGAGUGCCUGCUAUCGGCUGGGAGCACCCAGGAGGCACCGUCCUCACCUCCAGGGACUCCGAGGCCGCAAAGGGGACAGACGCACAUGGCAGUGCAGUGCGGUGGCCUCCCUGGGAGGGGCGUGCCCACGAUGGUGGGGGCGGGGACAGGAGAGGGAGGUGUGGGGAGACUAAGAGGACUGAACUGGGUCUCAGAGGAUACCUGCAGGCCUCCCAGGUGCGGACGGAAGGGAAAGCUGCCCGGUAGCCAGGUGGCGCGUGCAGCGGAGUGGCUGGCGGUGGUGCUGGGGCUGGGGGGUGGUUUGGGGCAGUGGAGCUGGUGCAGGGUGGGAGGGCAGCCGAGCCCGGAGGCAGCUGAGUCUAGUGGGGGAGGGUCUCACCUGCACUUCAUGCUGUAGGAAACUAGGGGAGUUGUGGAUAGAAUGUUCUAGAAAGAAUGCUGGAGGGAGGCAACAGAGGGGAUGAGUUGGAGAAAGACGGAUUCCCAGAGUGUGCUGGAAUUGGUGAUGGAAUUGGUGGUGGUGCCCCCAAGGUGAUAAGGGCCAAGGGCCCAGUUCCGGAGGUGGUGAGGGGUGAGCACGCAGGCUCGGGACUGGAGGUGGCCAGGCCAGGGGGGCGCCGGGAUGAGGCUGAGUUCAGGCUCUGCCCUGGGCAGCCGGUGACGACGCUAGAAACAGCGUCUGCAAAGAGGAAGCUCCGGGAGCGAAGGGACGGACGGGGACAGGGGUUUCAGCUUUGGACAUGUGACACCGCGGGGCCCGUUGAGUCCCCAGAUGGAGGAGACCUUCGGGCUGAAGAAAAACAUGACAAAUACAGCCCCAGCCAGGGCCAGGAGCCGCCCGCUUCCCAGUGCUUCCGCUGCUGCGACCCCGCGGCCCCCCUGUACCAGGCGGCCCCAGUGCCCCAGAUCAACAUCACCAUCCUGAAAGGCGAGAAGGGUGACCGCGGGGAUCGCGGCCUCCAGGGGAAAUACGGCAAAACCGGCUCGGCGGGCGCCAGGGGCCAUGUGGGACCCAAAGGGCAGAAAGGGUCCAUGGGGGCGCCCGGGGACCGCUGCAAGAACCACUACGCCGCCUUCUCGGUGGGCCGCAGGAAGCCCCUGCACAGCAACGACUACUACCAGACCGUGGUCUUCGACACGGAGUUCGUGAACCUCUACGGCCACUUCAACAUGUUCACGGGCAAGUUCUACUGCUACGUGCCCGGCAUCUACUUCUUCAGCCUCAACGUGCACACCUGGAACCAGAAGGAGACGUACCUGCACGUCAUGAAGAACGAGGAGGAGGCGGUGAUCCUGUACGCGCAGGUGAGCGACCGCAGCAUCAUGCAGAGCCAGAGCCUCAUGCUGGAGCUGCGGGAGCAGGACGAGGUGUGGGUGCGCCUCUUCCGGGGCGAGCGCGAGAACGCCAUCUUCAGCGACGAGUUCGACACCUACAUCACCUUCAGCGGCUACCUGGUCAAGCACGCCGCCGAGCCCUAGCGGGCGGCGGCCACCCCCCUGCCGCACCGCCAGAGGCUGCCCCCACCCGGCCCCCCGCGCUGCGCAGACCCCAGGGCCCGGCACCAGCUGGCCCGGCCGCCUCCUCCCCCCCCCAUCUCGGCUUCCCCGGCCUCUGCGCCCCCCGCUUAGGCGUCCGCCCAGACGCCCGCCGCAGCCAGAUCUGGCCACCGCCCCGCAGAGAGCUGACAGCAGAUGAGAUCACCAGGGCGGGGCGCCUGCGAGGACAGCCAGGGGCCUCUGGCUCCCCUCCGUGUGCUCGUCCUCGAGUGACCCUGCGUGGAGGCAGGGUGUCCCAGAGCACAGCACCCCUGCCCCUUCCCUGGAAAUCAUUAGGCAAUUUCUAAAGGCCUCGGAAGGAGGAAA